AUGGCUUGGAUAACCAGGCUCCCGAGGAACUCGAUCGACUCGUUCGAGGACCUAGCCCGGACUUUCCGACUGAACUUUGCAACAAGCAAGGCGCAUCCAAUGUCGGCCUAUGCUCUGGGAAGAAUCUGGCAAAAGGAGAAUGAAUCGCUGAGAAAAUACCUGGACAGGUUCAAGGAUGCCACCCUCAAGGUUCGGUGCCUAACUGAAGCAGUGCACCUCCACCUGAUCAUCUCGGGAUUAGAUGGCGACUCUCCACUUGCGAAGUCCAUCUAUAAGAACCCGGUCAAUGAUCUGGAAGAGUUCCGACGAAGGUCGGAUAAAUACAUUGACGUGGAAGACAUGCAAAAAGUCUACGUGGAGUCCCGAGGACGCAGUCCGACACGACGGAGCCCGAGUAAGAAAAACAACAAAGACCGGGACCAGCGGGGAUCGAAGAAAGCGAAGGACACUCGUGAUAAGAGGUCAGAAGAUCGGUCGCCAAGGAGGAAAUAUGAUGAUUACACGCCCUUGAACAUGUCCAGAUCUCGGAUAUGGAAAGAGGUGGCCCAGACUGAAAUGCGUAAUGCCGAGAGACCUCGACCCCUCAAAGCCAAUAGUGGAUUGGAUAGAAAUAAGUACUGCGCCUUCCAUAACCAGAACGGUCAUAUCACAGAUGACUGCUGGGAUCUUUGA